CGUAAUAAAACUUGAAGUUCUAUUGCUCUACAGCGGCCCUUUAAUUUUGACUUCCGCGACACUCCAAAGCAUCAAUUUUCGCGUUUCCCUCUCGUUGUCUCCACUCUUCCUCACCGUCCAUUUAACCUUUGCGCGUCAGCUUCCACUGCUUGAAAAUCAAUGGCAACUGCCAAAGACACAGAUGACCUUCCUUCUUUACUCGCAGAACAGCGCGUGGAGCUCAUGGCUGCUCAAUCCCUAGAAUCCGACCUCGAUUAUGCCUUCCGUCUCCAACUUGAAGAAGCAAUCUCUGCUUCUCUCACUCUUGCCCCCUCCACCUCAGCCUCCACGUCAUCAGCACUGCCGCAACUACCCCUAGACGAUGUCGGUUCUACCAUCGCCUCGCUCCAGUCCGAAGAACUCGAGAAGAUGGAGCGAGAACUCGGCGAUUACGAACGAGCGAAACUGGAGAUACGCAAAACAAGUGAAGCUAUUCGUCGUGCUGCUCACGAUCAGAAAUUCGCUAUGGAACUUUCCAGGAUGCCGGAGGACGAGUGGCAAAAUUGGGGCGAUAAUUUCGAGAAACCGUUCGGCGAAGGAUGUUCAGGAAGUCAGGCUGCACGUGACGAUAAUAUAUUUAGCCUUUAUUUUAAGGGAUUGGUGAGUGAAGAGAGGAUGGAUGACAAAAAAGUUGUGUUAUGUGGGAUUGGUAUAGAGAUAUGCGAUCCUUCGGGUCAUGUGAUUUUCCCGUUUCAGAAGCCUGUGAUUGGUGGCGUGAUGAGCAAGAAUGCUGCUGAAGCCAAGGCUUUGAUUGAAGGACUUAAUUUUGCUAUAUCUUUAGAGCUCGACCGUGUUCGUAUCUACUGUGAUUGUUAUCCUUUGUAUCAAUUUGUAACAGGAAGAUGGUCACCAAAGCAACGGAAGGUUGCUGCGUUAGUCAAUGAAGUGGCCUCUCUUCAAACAAAAUUUAGGUACUGCAACACCUUUUAUGUGGCACGUAAUACUAUGACAGGUGUCUUCAAACUUGCAAGAGCUGCGAUAGAUUCUCAAAUCACAAGGCCUGUGGAGUUGAGCUGUGGCAAAACUGUUGAUGAAACAUGUGUUAUCUGUUUGGAAGAUACUGAUGUUGGUCAAAUGUUUUCCAUUGAAGGAUGCUUGCACCGGUACUGCUUUUCUUGUAUGAAACAGCAUGUGGAAGCAAAGUUGCGUCAUGGAAUGGUGCCUAAAUGUCCUCAUGAAGGUUGUAAAUCUGAACUUAAAGUUGAUAGCUGUAGAGAAUUCUUGACACCUAAGUUACUUGAAAUGCUGAAUCAACGUAUAAAAGAAGCUUCAAUUCCUGCUACAGAGAAAGUUUAUUGCCCAAAUCCUAGGUGCUCAACAUUAAUGAGAAAAAGUGAGGUUUCAGAAUAUGCUAAAAAUGCCUUUCGUGGUUCCAAUCUGUUUGGAGCUGCAAAAUGUGUGAAAUGCGAUGGCCUUUUCUGCAUAAAUUGCAAGGUUCCUUGGCAUCGUAAUAUGAGUUGCACUGUUUACAAAAGGUUUAAUCCCAAUCCCCCUGUGGAGGAUGUGAAGUUAAAGUCUCUUGCAUCAAAAAAUCUGUGGCGCCAAUGUGUGAAGUGCAACCAUAUGAUAGAACUUUCUGAAGGUUGUUACCAUAUGACUUGCAGAUGUGGAUAUGAGUUUUGUUAUAACUGUGGAGCGGAGUGGAAGAACAAAAAGGCAACUUGUUCUUGUCCUCUUUGGGAUGAGGAUAAUAUCUUGUUUGAUGACAGCGAUGAAGAGUCUUUUGAAGAAGAGGAAGAUGAAGAUUAUGAGUCAUCCCUUGAUUCUGAUACAGACUGGUAUUGAAUGAAAAAUAGCAAAUGUCUUCUCUUCCUAUCUUAUGUUGUGAUAUCUCCCUUAAAUUUUUUAGUACGAAGUCUAAAAGGUCGUUACUCGUUAAGAUUGAACUUUAGUACCUCUUAGCUUGGGACUUUUUGCAUGACAUCCGCAAUUCUCUCCUUUAACGUGUUAAUAGUAAUAGUCUCUUCUUUUGUAUAUUAGGUCACAGGAUCAGAAACAAACACUUUCUCUAGAUCUGGCAGUUCGUGAUAUCAGAUCUUAUUUGUGUCGUGUCAAUUCGGGUCAUGGAUCAGACCUUUAAUCCUAAUCCGAUUUAAAUUAAAAUUAUAUCAAAAUUUCCCAGUUUUUAUCCAA